AUGCCGAUCGGACGGCCAUCGCGAGGUGUGCCAGGCCGCGGCGUGGGUCGGUCAGCGUGGCGAGGCGGCGCCGUGGUGGCGCGCACGUCGCUGUGGGACGCGGUGCAAGGCAGCGGCAGUGGCGAGGGCGGGGGGCAGCCGUGGGGGCUGGCAGUAUCAGGGGAGGAGCCGCUGGGGUACAGCGAUGAGGAGGUCGAAGGCAUCGUGCCUCUCACUGACGACGCAGAGGCGUUUGGGCCUGAGGCGUUGUUGCUGCUUGGCUUGACACCUGACGAGAUUGAGAAGGUUCGAGCAGCGCUGGCUGAAGCAGAGGCCAGCUUCAUCUCGCUGCUAUCAGCAGACGAGUCAGUGGCGGAUAUCACUCUGUGGGACGCCAUGGAGAGGGCCGCCCAGCCCUUCCCCUCCGUGCGUGCGCCAUCUGUAGCCGCUGCCCCCGCAACCACAGGUGCGCUGCCUGCUGCAUCUGACAGCAGCAGCGUGUGGCCGAACAACGUGGGCGAGAGGGUGUGCAUCGUGUCAGGGCUGUCAGGCAUUGAGAUCAUGGACCUGGUGGAGAUCAUCAGCAGCCUGGACAUUCCCCGCAUGGAGUAUGCAGCCAAUGCUGCUCAGCACUUCCACAUGUACCAAGGACGAGCCAUGGUGCCCAAGUCGGCAGCCAGGCCAGUGAAGGAGGUGGUGAUUAAGCAAUCAUUCUCUCCUCUUCUCUCCUCCUUCCCCCUGCCCCCGCUGACAUACCGCCCAUGGACCAUGGUGUAUGCAGCCAUGGUGCCAAAGUCAGCAGCCAGGCCAUUGGGGGAGACGGUGGUUAAGCAUGCCAUCUCCCUUCUCUCUUGUUCCCCAUCUCCUUGCCCCCGCAGACAUCCCGCCCAUGGUGUAUGCAGCCAUGGUGCCCAAGUCAGCAGCCAGGCCAGUAAGGGAGGUGGUGGAGGAUCUGGUGGCUGA